AUGAAUCUCACAUAUUCUUUGGAUUUGGGAGCCAUUGCUACACCUGUAGGUUUUUCCUCUUUCAUGCGUGCUUCUUCCUCAUAUGUGAAGAGGAAAUUGGAACACUACAUAAAUGAUGAUGAAUUUGCUAAUAGUUAUGAACUCAUCACUAAAGAGAAAUAUGGUAGUGAAAAUGUCAAAGAUCAAAGAAGAAACUCAUGUUCAACACUAUCAAAUAGAAAAAGGACUAGUUUUCAAGAAACACAAGAAUGUGGUGUCCUUGCUCAAACUGAGAAAGCAGAAUUUUGUGGUAUUAGUAUGGAAGAUUAUUCUCACCUAGAUGACACCAAUGAUUCUAUCAAGGAGUCAAGCUAUAUUAUGAACCAAAAGAGCUUGAAUAUCCAGGCUAGAGAUUUAAUGCCUAGUAGUAGUUAUUCUUCUACUACCAAUAUAUCAAUCAUGGAGAAACAAAAAAUGGAAUUUGUGAAAAUAUUGGUCGACGAAGUUUUUAUCGAUAGUAUGACUUCACAUUCGUUAUACUCGAAAGAUGCAGACGUGAAACUCAUUCAAUCUUCCAAGAACUUUUUACCGGCUAGGAGUAACCAUCUUCCAAGACCAGUUAUUCCCGUUGGACCUCGGUUUCAAGCCGAAGUUCCUAAAUGGGACGGCACAACCAACUUAAAACAAUGUAAUAGUGAUGAUUGUUUGAAGUGGUUGGGCACCCAAAUUUGGCCAAUGCCUGAGGUAUCUAAAACAAAUGCAAUAGGCAUUGGGAAAGGUAGACUUGACUCAUGCUCAUGUCACAAUCCUAAAUCAGUUGAUUGUGUUCAAAAACAUGUUAGUGAAGCUAGGGAAUGCUUAAAAUUGGUGAUUGGUACUGCUUUCUCUAGUUGGAAGUUUGAUGACAUGGGAGAAGAUGCUUCAAAAUCAUGGACAACGAAAGAGCAGAAAGAAUUUGAAUCUCUAGUAAAAUCAAAUCCUAUAUCAAGUGACACAAAAUUUUGGAAGCUCAAGAUGAAGUACUUUCCAUCCAAAUCAAUGAAGUGCAUGAUAAAUUACUAUUAUAAUGUAUACAUCCCUAGAUGUAUGGGCAUAGUGACAAGAUCUCCAUUUGGCGCAUUUGACCGUGAGCCAAAAUAA